GCUGGGCAGCGUGGAACUCGUCGGCGCAGCUCGAGUUCCUGUGGCAAAGAUCCGGAACUCCGAAGGAGACGACCUGUGUGAUGUGUCGAUCAACAACGUCGCCUUCUCAGUGCUGAGUCCAAAGCAGCAGGGAAGGUGGACGGGGAAGCAGGGCGUCUUGGAAACUCUGGGAGGCUUGGGACGUUUCAUCAAGCACUGGGCCUCGCAGCGGCGGAUUAACAACCGCUCCGAGGGGACCUUGAGCACCUACACCCUGAUACUGCAGCUCUUCUACUCCCUCCAGCUCCGAGAUCCACCUGUGCUGCCGCGCGUGACCUGCAUGCUUUCCCAGGAUGUGACCCCGCCUCAGAUGCGUGAGAAAGAGAGCGAGGACUCUGACUCGGAUGUCACGAAGGCCUACGAUGGGUGCACAGCUGUGGUCACGGCAGCACCCAAGGCGGUUAACGACCUGCUUUCUGCGCCGGAGAUGGCACCACCGGCCGCAUUGAGCAAGAAGCCCUUCCUCGCGGAUCCAAAGUUGAUCAAGCAGAUCCUCGCAGAUCGCUAUCUGGGACCGCAGGAGAGUCUCGGAGACUUGCUGCUGGCCUUCUUCCAGCUAUGGGGCAAAGAGGAACCUGGGGGAGUACCGGAGGGCUUGUGGAGAUCUCCGGAGGCUGUCAAGCACACCCGGGUCUUCGACGCGCGAUGCGAGGCCCCAAGGCCCAGAGAAGCCGGUGAUCUCUGCUUCUUUUCGAGUGACUGGGCCGACAUGCAGCUGCCGGCGACACACCGAUUCCCGAUCGACAAGUAUCGCAUGACGAGGGAGGUGCUGGAGGAGGCCGGCAUUCCAGUGCUCGCAGGUCCUUUGGCCACCUUUGAGGAGGCUUCUUUGGCCCAUUCGGAUUCCUACGUUCGGAGCAUCUUCCUGGGCGAGGCCACGGAUCAGAUGCGCCGACGUGUCGGCUUCAGGGAAGCCCCGAUGCAGGCCUAUGUGCUCCGGACAUUGGCGAGCCUUGGUGCGACUGUGGCUGCUACACGCCACUGCCUCAACAAUGGAGUUUGGAGUGGCGCCGUGUCUGGAGGCACGCAUCAUGCCUUUGCCGACUCCGGCGAGGGGUUCUGUGUAUUCAACGAUAUUGCUGUGGCGGCCCGCCUUGCUCAACGCGAGUUUCAAGUGACGUCAGUCCUUGUCAUAGAUCUUGAUGUGCAUCAGGGUAACGGAACCGCGGGAAUCUUCCAGGACGAUCCUUCCGUGUACACGGUGUCUGUGCAUCAAAAAAAGGGCUACCCCUUUUCGACGCGCUGUGCCUCCGACAUGGAGAUAGACCUGCCUGACGGCUGCGACGACGAGGAGUUUCUCGAAGCUCUGAUGCCCAUCCGGGACCUGAUCGCUCAAAAAGGAGGGAGCCGUAGCCUCCUCAUCUACCAGGCCGGCGUGGACGGCCUGGGAGGCGAUCGCUUCGGACGCUGGGCGCUGACGCGGCGAGGCCUCCAAAAGCGGAACGCUUUCCUCUACUCCCUGGCUUGUGAGUGCCAGAUGCCCCUACUUAUCACAAUGGGAGGCGGAUAUCACAAAGACAUCCGAGAGACUGUGCUCGCCAGUUCUGACGUGUACCUUCAGGAGUUCCGCGGCGGCGACGAUGGAAACGGGCAGACCGUGUACGUGUAUGAUGCUUCCCAGGAGGUGAACGAUCUGGGAGUUCUGGUGAUGAGGUGUCCACUGACGGGAAAGAAUGUGAAUCCGUUCACGACGAUGGUUUGGCGAGCCAUUCACGCGGAAUUCGCACGUGCAGCAGAGCUUCUCGAACAAGGCGCCACCGUUCUGCUGCGCCUUGAUACAUGCCUGUCGGUCCCCAGUUUUCAGCAAUUCCAACAUUGUUCAGUUCCCGGUCGCUCCCCUGAAAACGAUCUUAAAGGGCAGGCUUCCAGGGAGGGCUCCACGGACUCUGUACCUGCUUCAGCCCAUGAAGUCUUGCUGUGGCUGAACCUUUGCUACUGA